UGAGCAUUAGUGAGAAACCUGAUUUUGCAGGAAUAGUUUCAGAAAGUGGUGUUACUGAACGCCCUGAAGUGUGAAAUGAUGCCCUGAGUGAAGUCAGAGUCAUAGGAAUAUGAUGCAGAAUUCCUUUUCUAUGCUACCUCCAGAGGUCACAGAGUCAGCAGUGAGCAAUGUUGUUGCUUUCUGAUGAUCAGGCAGUGACCAAUAAACUUGCUCUGGGAGGUUUGUUGGGCCAGUAGAACAAGAGACAGAAAAAGAUUGAUUGAAGGUUGUUCUGCCAGACUCUGAUCUCCUCGAAAGUCGGAGGCUGCCUGGAAGCCCUUUCUGUCUCACUAAUGUGGUGUUUCUCUCUCCAGAAACGUCCACCUGACACUUUUUUGUCCCUGAUAAAUUCGCAACAGAAAUAGUUGCUGGUGCAGGCACUGCAGUGUGGAGAGGAGCUGCGUACUCAGAGUAUUGUGUCCAUCCCAGCAGGUGCAUGGCACGGACACAGGGACUGCCAUCAGGAAGUACCACCUGCCUUUGCUUCACGUACCUUGUGGGUUCCACGUGAAACCCAGGGUAGGAAAACUGCGGCCGUGUCUCUGCCUCUGGAGAGGGAAACGCCUGCCUUUCCCCCGCUGCAGCUCUCCAGCCAGGUUUGAUCUUUAAGUGUUAAGAAUGAAGUCCAGGAGAGUCUCCAUUCUCAGCCCCACUGACUGACAGCUGGAGGUUUGAGAUCCCCGCGCUCAGAAGCCCCACGGUGUGAUGCCAUCCUGCCACAUGCCGAGUUCGAGGCAUCCGUCCAAGUGGAUGUUCCCCCCACUCCUCCUAUUCCUGGCUGAGCUCGGCUGCAGCGCCCAGCCCACGUACCCAUGGAAGGACGCUGUGACGGGCGAGAGGCUCACAUGCCAGCAGUGCCCGCCGGGGACCUUCGUGUCGCGGCACUGCAGCAGGGACAGCCCGACCCUGUGCGAGCCCUGCCCGGAGCUGCACUACACGCAGUACUGGAAUUACCUGGAGAAGUGCCGGUACUGCAACGUGAUCUGCGGGGAGAAGCAGGUGGAGGUGCAGCAGUGCGAUGCCACGCACAACCGCGUCUGCCAGUGCCAGGAGGGGUACUACUCGGACAUGGAGCUGUGCAUCAGGCACUCCGAGUGCCCGCCGGGCUCCGGCGUGGAGAAACCAGGUACCCCCUCUGAGGACACCAAGUGCCACGAGUGCCCCCCGGGCUCCUUCUCCUCCAACUCCAGCACUGCCCCGUGCCAGCCACACCAGGACUGUGAGCAGCAGGGGAAGGUGACCAACGUUCAGGGCAACAGGUUCCACGACACCCUCUGCACCUCCUGCAGACUGGGGAGAGGCAACACCACGCAGGGAGCAGCUGUAGAGGACGACGACUGCGAGCAAGCCAUGAUUGACUUCGUGGUGUAUCAGAACAUCCCCGUCAAGAAGCUGAAGCGCCUGCAGCAGAUCCUGGAGCGCUCACCAAGGAAGCACCAAACAUGGACCAGGGCAGCCAUCCAGGAGAAAUUCUGGACUUUCCUCAUUCACAAGAAAGAGGAGCACUACGAGGUGACCAAGGAGCUGCUGGACGCGCUGCGCGUUGUCAAGCUCCACUCCAUCGAGGAGAAGGUCCGCAAGCGCUUCCUGCUGCCCUGAGAGCACGAACUGGACUUUUCGGGUGCUUUUCAGUUUGUUUGUUUUUUUUUUUUCCCUUCUGUGGCUUUGUUAUUCAUCUUUCCAAAUGUAACUUGGAAAGCAGCAUGAGAGACGAGUGAUGGCUUGGAGUGACACCGUGCCGUGGCAGCGGUGGGAUGGGAUGUGUGAGCAGCAGUGUCCCUACACCAGCACAGCUCCUGAGAGCUCUCCAGGUGUUGGCCACUGAUUUUCCAGCCCAGAGUUUUAUCAGUAGAAAAACCUGCACCCAGGGUCAUUAUUUCUGCGAAGAACCCUGUCCUCUUUAUAGAAAACUGUCUGGCUUUGUUUUAAACUGUGUAAGUUUGGGCUUGUUGGAGGGUUUAGUUAUGCAACAGCAUUUUCCACAGAGGAUUCACUUACAUUUGUUUGUCACGCUUUUGUUUGAGAAGGGAGUUUGCUGCUGAGGCACAGGGUGAGGGAAGAUGUCCCAAAGUCACUGGUAGACCCAGCUUGAAAUGUAUUUCUGAACUACCUAUUUUUACACCGUGUGUGAAAGUUGUUUUCUAAAGAAAGAAACCAAAGGAGUUAUUUUAUUGUACAAUUCUCUGUCACCAGAGUCCUUUCCCAGUCUCUUUUGGAGGUGAUGUUGGGAGUCCCAGACUGUCAUAUCUGACCCUGCUUACCCUUGCCUGUUUUUUGCACAUUCUUCUCCCCAUGCUGGCAUCCCUGCUCAUGGCAGGGGGUUGGAAUGAGAGGAACUUUAAGGUCCCUUCCAGCCCAAACCAUUCUGUGAUUUGGUGAUCACACAACACCAACCAUCCCAGAGCCCACCAACUCCAGCCCCUGUGAGCCCCAGUAAGGCUGUGUGCCAGUGGGAUGCAGCCUGUCUGCACUGGGACUUGUGGCCAGGGUGAAGCUCAGGUCUCUUGGCUCAACACAACCACAUCCCCUCUGAGCCCCAGGUUUGUUCCCAGACCCAACCAGACACUGCAGCAAGUGAAGAGUUGCUCAGUCAGCCAAGAACCAGGCUUGGGUCACUUGUGCUGACUGCAGGAGGGUUUUUUAAGCAGGUGUUCCUUAGGAAAGUCAACAAGAGUGACCCCCUCCAGGCAUUUUCCAGCCUGUAACAAUGAUGAUGCAGUUACAUUUGUCUUGAAUGAGUUGGACUUUUUAUAGCCCUUUUUAACUAAGCAGUUGCCAGGAAUACUUUGUGGUUCAAAAGAGGAAUAUUUUCCCCCAGCUUGGACCUAUUUAAAGCUCUCUGAAGUGUGUGCUAUGUGGAAGUGCCCCUGCACUUCCCCCACGUGAGGAAACUGGGGGGAAGCUGAAUAACUGAGUACAGGAGGGGAUUUUAACCUCUCCUUGCUGCCCACAGACACAUCCCAGGCUCUUCCUGCUGCAGUGACAAGUUUAUCCGUGGCAAUCUGGAUGAACAGGGAUGAUCCCAGGGGGCAGUUCCUGCCUAUUUGAUGCUCCAUAGCUCCAUAGUCUCUGGAGGUCUGCUCCCACCUGCCUGGCACCAUGGGCUUGAACUGGGGAUCUCAGUCUUGCAACUGUCUCAUCCCGAUUUUGGGCUCUGGGAAGCAGCUCAGUGAUCCUGAUGUUGCCCUGGGCCAGUUCACCAGGGACAAAGAGAAGCAAAUAGCUCAAAAGCAGCAGAGGGGAUCCUUCACUUGCACCUCUGUGUUGAGCCAGGACUGAUCCUGGCAAUCCCCUCAGUCCUGGCAAUCAGCUUGAAGCUUCCUCAAGCCUUGCCUUGAAAUCCUACCAGGGAGCUUCACAGGGCUUCCCAGUGCUCAGUUAUCACCACAUCUGAUCUCUGCCCUUCCCAGUUGCUUUAUCCCAGUGGGAUGAAGCUCAGUCCCCAGGUGUCACUUACUCCAAGUCCCUUGGCAGGAGAGAAGUGCUGCUGGCACAGGCCGGGAGCAGCUGGGGCAGGAGAUGAAGGGGAUUUCCUUUGGAGCACUGUGAGAGUUGAAGCACAGCUGCAGCAGCUUGCUCUGAGGCAGAGUGCAAGGCAUGAUGCCCAGAGCUGAUGGAUUGAAGGUAGGAGGAGCCAGAGCCUCCAGCAUUGGCUGUGGCUCCUUGAGGGAUUCCCAUCCCGCUGCACUGCAGUUAGUGCUGACUCAGCACGAAGGAUUCGGUGUCCUCAGUCUGAAAUGGAACAAGAACGGAGGGUUGUUGGUGCAGAAACCACCUCCUGUUCUUCAUCCACACCACCAUAGCUUCUUCAAAUAUGUGGAAGUUGAGGGGGAGGGAAAAUGGGAAUAUUAUUGGCAAGCAGCUGAUAAUCGUUGUCUUAGAUCUUGGUUUAGUUGGGUGACUUGAAGAGAAAGACGGGCCUUUUCUGUGUAUUUUUCUGUGAUAGAAGACCUCAGUGCUGAGGUGGAAGUCCCUGUGGGGCCUGGUGGCUGAGCUCAGGGUCCUGGGACACUUCAUGUGGUCCUUGGAGCUUGCUGCCCUUCCCACCAGCAAGGCAAAAACCUGGGGUGUGGGCUGGAGGCUUCCAGCAGCUACACAGAGAGCCAGCUCUGGUUCCUGGGCUCCUGGAUGAGCUGUGGUUGUUCUGGCAGUGUUUCAUGUCCGGGGUCUCCAUGGGGGUCUGGGUCCAACCAGGCACUGGCAGAGGUGGAAGCAGAGUGGCCAUAGAGAAGAGCCCAGGAAAUGUUUUUUUUUUUUUGCUGAACGUUGGUGCAGAGGAGGGAAGUUUUGGUGUUUGGGGUUUUUUUUAUUAUUUUGGGGGGUUUUACAAACCAUCAUGAGUGCUCUGUCCCAUCUGGACACCACAGUCUGCACAGGCCCUUUGUCCCUUCAGAUAGAGCAGAUGCAGCAGAUGUUUUGACAGGCUUGCUCUCACCCAGAGGUUUGCCAAAGUUCACAGCCCACAGCUGUGACUCCGAGGGGUUAAACACCCCAUGGAGGUGUGGAAGGGAGAGGAGAGCCUUGGCUACUCCCCAUCUUCCUGAGCAGUGAUGCCUUGCUGAGCCUCGUGGCCCUCCCAGCACGAAGUGUGGGCCCACCAUGUGUGACCUCUCCUUGGAGGGGGACGACGGAUGUCUGGCACCCGUGUGCUGUGCCAGGUUGCAGUGGGGACCACAGACCUCAGCUUGCCAGGGCAGGAGAGGGUGAUUAAUUAACUGGGGAUGGCCCAGAUCGUGUCAAAGAGCACUCCCAGGUUCCCCCUGCUGCCCCCAGCCAAGGGGCUGGGAAGGAGGUGAUGCCCUGGGCCACCAGCAGCUCCCUGGCUCGGUGCCACCAGCGUGACUCGCUCUGCCAGGGUGUCUCCUGAUGCUGAGGGGGUUUGGAGUCUCUAUCAGGUCUCCCCCUGACCUAAGUCCCCUCCCUGCUGAGUCAGCUGGAAUUUGUGAGCUGGGAAGUUUCUCACAGGGUGACUGGGAAGGUUCUGGUAAAUAUUGACCAUUACGACAGUGGCCAAACAGCCCAGCACGUGAGUCCUGCUCAGCCUCCAGGAAAUGGGCUUUGCUGGAAAAGCUGGGAUGAGCUUUUCUGUGAGCACUGCAUGGUGCCAGCCCCAGCUCCUCCCACCUCUGCUCCCACCAGCUGACACCCAGACCACGGCAAGCACUCCCAAACCACCCUCGGGCUGAUCAUGAGGUAUUUCACCUUUUCAGCUAAUUGAAGUCCAGAGGAUGAAAACAAAACCCCUUUUGGUUUCCACUGAAGUUUCCAAAGCCUGGAGAGAGAAGAGGAAGAAUCAGCAGCGUGAGCUUUUUUCCUGAUGGUUUUAAAUGACUCUUCCCUCAUAAACUCUGGCUGAGGACAGCACAUGGUAACAUCCAAAAGUGGAUGCAGUGCUCUCGCAGGAUGACUCAGAUAUUUAGUACACAGAAGAUAAUUUUCCAAAUGCUUACAAGCACUACAUAGAAAGCCCAAGCCCACGCUGCCCUCCACAUCAGGCUGUUAAAUUAUUAAAAUGGGAUAGACCCCAUGGUUUAAAGUGCUGAGGUGGGUUAGGUCGGUGCCGUGGGCUCCUUGGCCACCUCUCACCACAGCCAGGUGUGGCAGUGACUCAGCUGGUGGUGAUGCCUCAAAGCAGUGCUGGCGGCAGGAGCUGACGUGCUCCCGGCCUGCUCGUCACAGGAGCUGUCAGGACACGUCCCUCUCUUUGGGAGGAGAGUGCUGGUCCAGCUCCAAGGGCUUGGAGAAGGUUUAGGUGAGUGACUAAUGUGAGUGGAAGGAGUCAGUAGGAGUUUUUUUCUGGUGAGGUCACAUGUCGGUGGCUCACGCCUUGACCUCGCAAGCGCAGAGAGUCGCGAUUGCCGGAGGAGAGCAAGGGGGGGAUUCUCUGAGGUGUGCAGGGGGAUGCAGAGGGGAUGGAACCAAUGCAAGCACAUAAUCCACCUUGUGAAAGCAGCCUGCAGCCCUCUCGGCCCUGGGGUUGCCACCUCGUCACAAGUUGGGUAAAUUCACUCUCCUGCCUGCAGAUUUCCCCAUGUUUUCGUCCUUGUCCCCACCCUACCGUGUCACUCAGCGGUGACAGUGGGCUGAGCCCCCCCAACACUGUGGGAAAGGACUCAGGGAGUGCUGGCACACACCAAACUUGAAAUUCUCCCGUCACUAUUCCAGAGGCGCUGAUUUUAUCUUGUUUUGAAGCACAUUUUUAAUCUUUCUGCUCUGAUGAGCAGUGACAGACAGGGAAUGGCUGGAGCUGUGUCAGGGGGUUUAGUUUGGAUAUUAGGAAAUGGUUUUUCACCCAAAGGAUGGUUGGGCACAGAACAGGCUCCCCAGGGUCACAGCCCCAAGGCUGCCAGAGUUCAACAGGCAUUUGGACAAUGCUCUCAGGCACAUGCUGGGAUUGUUGGGGUGUCCUGUGCAGGGCCAGGAGUCAGUCGUGAUGAUCUUUGUGGAUCCUUCCAGCUCAGGAUAUUCCAUGAUUCUAUUUGGUCAGACACUUUUUGGCCCCCCCUGACCUGGCUCCCAAGGUACUCAGACUGUAAUGCUCAGGUUCUGGGCACUGUCUGCCCUUUAACUUGAAUAAAAUCAGAAAACCUUCUGAUGCCCUUGAACUUACAGGAGUUUUCUGGGUGACACAGUCAUGGCCACAGCUAAAAUAUCUGUACAACACCCUCGCUGCUUAGAACCACAAGCCCUUGGUGUGUUAUUGUUUGGGUCAAUGGGAGACUUCCCUGAGCAACAGUUUGCUUGCCCUUGAAAACAAAGGCUUUUUCCAGUUACACAAUGCCUAGGGAGAGAGGGCAGAAAACCUGCUGUGUCUAAGUGACUAAGCAGUAUUGGGGAUUCCAGACCUCACAGUGCCAUGGGGAUGUGGGGAGAACUGAGGUCCCCAUUGUGGUGGCUUUUGUCACUGCUCCCCCAGGAAGAGCACUGGACACCCAGUGCAUCAGGAUCCUGGUGUGCUCUGAGGCUCUCCCACGUGCUCUGAACACAGAGGAGCUCCAGCAGUGUGGUGCCUUAGCUGUAAGAUGGGAGUGGAGCCAGGAGGCUUGAUCAUUUUCCUAUGGAAACACAGGGAAUGAUGACUUCCCAGCUAUUGCUGUGAAGACAUGAGCUCAGAGACGAUGUGUGUUGGGUGGUCAGUGCUGCAUGUGGGCUUCAGGGGGCUUUUGACUGGGAAGCAUAAGGGACCAGAUAAAGGUCUGGAGAGUCCAGAUUGGCUUCAGGGACUUGCUCCAACAUGCUUGUUCAGCCUCGGUCAGAUCACACAGAUUCCCUGCUGCUGGUUUUCAUUUCUGCCUCUACUUCCUCCUGUGAUUCUGGAGCUUGGGAGGUGAUUUAUUGGACUUGGUCUUCCCAUAAGUUAAGACUAGAGUUCUUUAGCUGGGAAACUCGCUGGGUAAUAACAGGAGUGUACAUUCCCCAUUCCAUGACUCUGAAUCUGAAAGGACAAAGUAGCUCUGACAAGAUCAACCCCAAGUUCUUCUUUCGCGCAGUUUCACGUGUUGUGCGUGCUGUCACGUCACAACCUUGCCUGUGAUUCAGCACCUCUUGUUUACAGAGAUCCCCUUUGAUACACCAGAUGCACUCACGAGAUAGUUACUGGCCUUUCACAGCCUGUGGUGUUGAGCUAUCCCAUGAUUCUGCCUCUUCUCGUGGCAUGGAGAUGAGCUGUCAAAAUUUCCACCACUCUGAGGAUGUGGGUGCAGACCUGGGAGAGCUUAAUCUUUCAGUUGGUUUUGGUUCAGCUGUUGCCCUUCUCCAGGAAACCACAGCUGCCUUCACCCCACUGCUUGUCCUGUCACAGUGUGGUGGUGGAUAUUGGGGUUAUCACACGUAACCGCAAACAUUUAAUGUAAAAAUAAGCCUUGUUUGUGUCAGAGGGGUAAAAUCUUUCAGCAGGGCAGGACACCCCUCCAUAUCCCCCAGGUCCUCUUGUUCCCCUGGCAGAAGAGCCCUUCUGAAGGGCUUUGGUGACAAAACCCAGCAAAAGCUCAGCAUGGAGCAGGACUUGGUGAUGUUUGUGGAUUCCUUCCAGCUCAGGGUGUUUUCUGAUUCUUUGAAUUGCCGCUGCAUUCCUUUGCCUGUUACUGUUACUGGAGGUGCUGUUCGUAAUAAACCAGCUUCAGGGAACAACAAAUUCCUUAUUCCUCCCUAUGAUUGCCUUAUAGAACCCCUUUAUUCUUUGGGGGAGCGUGACUCGAAAAAGAAAAUUCUGAAGGAAAUCUCUAAUGAGACAGUGUCAGCUUCUUUGUCUUCUGAGAAUUGGCAGAGGAGUUCCUGGCUUUGAACUGAACCGGAACACAACAGAAGCAACUCCAGAGGUUUCUGUUUCAGGAAAACACUUAAAAAUACAUUUAAUUUCACAGUGAAUUUAGUUUACCCUCAGAGCAGUUCUUUUGGUAGGUACUGAAUACAGAUGGCUUAAGGCUGCACUGGGUCGGAGGUUUGGCUGGAUUAGUUCCUCCAAAUGUUUAGCACGAAAUGCAUUCAGCUGAAGGACGUGCCCUUCAAAGGAUGGAGAAUCACAGAAUCCCUGCUUGGAAGGCACCUCCAGGAUCGUCUGGUCCAACCUUUCCUGGCAAAAGCACAGCCUAGACAAGAGGGCCCAAACACAAAAAGCAGUUACUACUGAUGAGCUAAUAGUGUUAAAGAGUGCAACCAAGAAGGAAUGAGGAGAUUCCUGCCUCCAGAAAGUGAUGGCAUGUGUUUAAAAAUAAAUGUCAGGUAGAAUUCUAGCACAGUGUAAUUAAGUGCCAACAUUCCUCCUCUCCUUGUUUCCACUUAACGACCUUAUGGGAAAACUUGAGCUCAUUUUUUCCCUGGUAAUGUUGCACAUUGUGCUGUCCAUGUUUUCCGUGCCAGAUCUCUGUAGUUUUCCAUGAAGUCUGAUUCUUUUUAGUACCAAUUUGUUGCUUUACCAGGAAUUUUAAGCAUCACUUCCUUCUAAGGUAACUGGUGUCGGGAGUGAAGGCUUGUGAUGGGAUGUAAGUUGUGCAGAUGAAGUUGUGUGAGAGCAGACACUACUGACAGCUGGGACUGGAGCCUCAUGAAGGUGGUUUGGGAAUAAAAAAGGGCAAAGUGCGUUCAAAGAAAUUAAUGGAAAGCCCCCAGGAGUUGUCAUGAAAGCUGGUUUUACCAGAGGAGCAGAGAAACGACCCUAAGGGAUUUCAGAAGCACAAGGAACAAAACCCAAGGGCAAUGCUGCAGAAAAUGCCCAAGGUCCAGGAAAAAAAUAACUGCGUUAUCCACCAGGAAUGUUUUACUUGGGAUUUCCAAUGGGUGUAAUAUUCCAUUGUGAAAAAGCACCUGCCCUGGUUUCUCUGACAUCAUUGGUCCUGAUAAGAGCUCAGCAGAGGGCAGUGGCUCUUCCCCCCUCCCCAUUGCCUCUUAUCUCCCUGGAGGGAGAUUUCAGACACAUUUGAAUAGAAAACUGUGCCAGAAGGGAAUUUUGAGAGGGCACCUGACCUAGAAACUGGGUCAACAUGGCAGGGUCAAUUCAGCCUGUCUUUCUCCAUUGUCCAAAUUACUUUUGGGAAACCUACAAAUACUGAGGAGUUUGAAAACAAUCCCAAGGCUGAAGGAAACUCAGCUUGUGGCGCUGCUUUGGGUAAAAG